AUGUCGGCCGAUUCACGAAAGCGACCGGCCGAGGUCAGCGAAAAUGGCUCCGUUUCCAAACGACAGCGCCUUCAGUCGCCGUACACCAUACUCUCGGUGGGACAAACAGGGUUUUCUCCGUACUCCUCAGUUGCGGCGACGGUCGAUGAGCUUGGGAAAAAGGGUUUGCGGCGUGGCAUUGCCCUCGCCCUGCAGAAGGUCGGCUUUGGAAGCGCCGAACCUGAGGCCAUGGAGAGCUUCACCCUGAUGGCAGAGACCUACUUGACCUCCCUCGCCGAAGAUGUCAGGACGUUCAUGAACACGGCCCGGCGACCUUACCCGAUCCCCAGCGACUUUGACCUGGCGCUCAGCCGCUUCAACUUGACCAAGUCAUCACUCGAGCCUCACAUAAAACCUCCCAUUCGCAAAUCGAAACGGCGACCCGCUUGGGAGCCCCUCACAAUCAACGACCCGCUCGACGGCGACCUCCCCAUCCUCGGCAACGAGUUGGACGGUGCGCCCGAGAAGGCAGCAAAGCAGUACAUACCCGGCUCCUUCCCCGCCUUCCCAAGCAUACACACAUUCAAACACACGCCGGAGGACGUCGCCGCCGUUACCGUGUCGGAGGACUGGGGCGCUUUCAACCCGGACGCCGCCUCGCAGACGCUGGACGGAUCGCAGACGCAACCGCAACCAGUACCGCAGCGGCCGCUCCCGCUGGACGAGAUCCCGCACGGCGACCCUAAGAAGGUCCGCGAGGCGGCGGCGAAGGAGGCCAAGGCGGGAGAGGGGGCGCUGAGGCGGCUGAUGCGCGCGUCCAAGAUUGCCAAGCAGAAGGAGGUGUGGUCCGCCGCGCAGCGGCAGCCCGUGCGGCGCGAGCGCUACAACCUGUGGGAGGCGGCCAUGCGCGAGUUGAUUGAGGACGAGACCAGGUUCCGGGGGAAGGAGUUGGCGUCGUCGGCCCUGCAUGGCGACAAGGGCCGGUUUGAGAUUGCCGAUCAUAGCAUGAUCGUGAACUGGGAGAAGAGGUGCUGUCGCCAGGACCUUCCGCGCACGGGCGUCAGGAAGGCUACUUCAGGGCAUGGCGGUUGA